AUGAUGUCCCGACAGCCGAAACACAAAGAUACUGUGACAGCAGUCGCAUGGGUGACCAGUGAUGAGGUGGUGAGUUGUGGGGAUGAUCAGCAACUGUUGAAGUGGAACUUAAUCGAUUUCGAAGCACAUCCUCUGACGCAACUACCAAGUAACAUUUAUCCCACUGGUAUGCAUUGGUUUCCUCGAGGAUUACUGAGACAAUCAACGAACGAUGUUUUCGUACUCACUUCUACGGAAGGGAAAUUCUACAUAUACAACCGCAGUGGUCGUCUUGAAAAAGCCGUUGACGCGCACAAAGGUGCCGCAUUGUGUGCUCGAUGGAGUUACGAUGGAUCUAGUCUUUUGACAUGUGGCGAAGACGGAACAGUGAAGAUGUGGUCAAGGAACGGAAUGCUCAGAAGUAUGCUUGCUCAGAAUGGAACACCAGUGUAUGGGGUCAGCUGGAGCGCAGAUAGUGCACAGAUCGUUUACUGCUGUGCAGAGAAUUGCUUCAUAAAAGCGUUGAAAUCACAGGUGUGGGAUGCAUACGGUCGACCACUAUUUACUAGUGCUCCACAUGACUAUCCAAUAACUUCUGCAGCAUGGAAUGCCGAAGGAGAUCUUUUUGCUGUUGGGUCCUUCAAUCUUAUAAGACUUUGUGAUAAAGCCGGGUGGUCACAUUCGUUGGAGAAACUGGCAACAGGAAGCAUAUUUGCGAUGAGUUGGUCACCGGACAGCACUCAGCUUGUGGCUGGUUGUGCGAAUGGACAUCUCAUACAUGCACACGUAAUCGAAAAACGCGUUUCAUGGCGUAAUCUGGAAGCGAUUCAAUCGAAACGAAGAACAGUGGAUGUUAGAGAUGUGGUAUCGGAUGUUGCUCGCGAGAAACUAGAAAUGCGUGAUCGUGUCACGAAGCUCGCAUUGGGAUUUGAACAGCUUGUUGUCACAACCACAAAGCAAUGCUACAUCUUCAGUGCAAAAAAUUGGAAUACUCCGGUGAUUAUCGAUCUGAAGGAAUGCAGUGUAUCACUGAUCGUUAUUUGUGAGAAGUUCUUUUUACUGGUUGAUGGAGGUAUUGUUCAAAUACUAACCUACGAAGGUCGGACGCAGUCCACCAUAAAGUUACCAUCAACCGCUCAAAGUGACACAAUCUCAGAGCAAACCGCAGCCCUAUCAAACGAUACGACCGCGAUUCGAGACCGAAAUGAUCACAAAAUAAUUCAUUUAUUCGAAACAAUGACUGGUAAAAAUGCUGGCGAUGGAAAAAUUAUACAUACGAAUGAUAUAAUCGAAGUUGUGAUUGAUCAGUGCGGUGUUGCAAAUGAACGAAAAGUAGCUUUCGUUGAUAAGAGUCUCGACUGCUUUAUCAGCCUCGUCAAAACGUACGGCAUCUCGCAACGAAUCGCUAAACUCGGCACAAUGAUCACAAAUAUACGUUUCAACGAUCAAACGAAUAUGCUGGCUGGUCUUGAGGAUAAUCGACUUGUGAUUUGGAGUUAUCCUUCAGUUGUAUUCAUCGAUAAAGAUCUCCUCCGAAGAACGAUCAUCGAACGAGAAGCAAGUGACUUCGGAAAAUCACCAUAUUUAUUGGCUUUUAUUGGCAAUCACGUAUCCAUAAGACGACCAGACGGAUCGUUGGUUCCAUGUGGUGUUUCACCGUUUCCGGCUGCGUUAAGUGCUUACAUCAUUGCUUCAAAAUGGGAUCAGGCUAUUCGCCUUUGUCGACACAUGAGAGAAGAAUAUCUAUGGGCAAUGUUAGCCGCAAUGGCCGCGAAUGCAAAAAAUUUCCACGCAGCAGAAAUCGCAUACGGAGCAUUGGAUGAGGCUGAAAAAGUGGGGUUUCUAUCCGAGUUAAGAGAGCAAUCAAGUAAAGAUGUCAAAGCAGCGUUAAUGACCGCUUUCACGGGCAAUAUACGAGAUGCAGAUGCGAUGCUUGUGCAAACAAAAAAUAUCUUUCGUGCGAUCAUGUUCAAUAUAUCACUGUUCAGAUGGCAGAGAGCGUUGGAACUAGCCGUUCAGCAUAAGAUGCACCUGGACACAGUGAUUGGCUAUAGACAAAGAUACUUGCAGCAGACUGGUCGUAAGGAGACUGACAAGAAUUUCCUGCAGCAUCUCGCUGAGGUUGAAAUCGACUGGGAGCACAUUCAAGAAAAAAUUCGGCAAGACGAAGAAAUUGAUCAAAAAUGA